GUCCCGGCGGCAGUGGCAACCCCUGGGGUCCGGCUGUGUCCCGAGGAAUUACAGGACCCGGGAUGUUUCCUCAACAAUUACCGCCAUUGUCCAGCUCAAGGCUAUGAGCACAGCACGCUCAGACACCAGCAGCCACGGUCAGGAUCUUACCUUGAUAGUUUCCAGCUCCAGCAAAUAGAAUUUCUCAAGGGGCAGUGCCCAGAAGCGUCCCUGAUUGGAAAGCAGACACCAUCACUGCCACCCUUCCUGCCGGGACUCUGGCCAAGACUUCCAGGGCUACCUGCCAGGGGCAGACAAGUGGAGAUCUGGGGUGUUCCCAGGAGUGUGCAUCCUGGAAGUCAGCAGCUCCAGAGACGUUUCCAGCAUCCUUCUCCACGUGGCAGGAUUCCGCCAUGGAGAGAUGUUAAUAGGCUUUCCUUACAUUUCCAGGAACUGAGCAUCAGCCAGGAUCAGGAACAGAGGGUCUUAAAGCUCGUGGAGGAGCUUGAAGAAGGCAAGGCCACAACAGCACAUGAGCUGGCUAAGAGACUCAGGGUCCCUAAGAAGGAAAUCAAUCGAGCUUUAUACUCUCUGGCAAAGAAGGGUAAGCUGCAACAGGAAGCAGGAACACCCCCUCUGUGGAGAACUGCAGUCUCAGAUCAGGUUUGGAACCAGCACAGCAGAGUCGUGAGACCAGAGAGUUGUAGCCAGGAAACCCCAAACUCAGACCCCAGUGAGGAAACUGAAGACAGUAACCCCACAUCUGUUCUGGAAGACCUUCCUGAGCCUUUUGACAUGGCUGAAAUCAAGGAGAAAAUUUGUGACUACCUGUUUAAUGUAUCUGACUCCUCUGCCCUGAAUUUGGCUAAAAAUAUUGGCCUCACCAAGGCCCGAGAUGUAAAUGCUGUGCUGAUUGAGUUGGAAAGGCAGGGGGAUGUCUACAGACAAGGGACAACCCCUCCCAUAUGGCAUCUGACGGACAAGAAGCGAGAGAGGAUGCAGAUUAAGAGAAAUACAAAUAGUGCUCCCGAAACCACUCCAACCACUACCCCUGAGACCAAAAGAAGCACAGAGCUCCUCACCUGUAACUUACCCAUGUUAAAUGCUUCAACUAACGUCGUAACCACAGAAGAAGUGGAGAAUGGACAGGAACCUGUCAUAAAGUUAGAGGACGGGCAAGAGGCCAGACCAGAACCGAUAAGACUGAAACCACCUGCUUAUAACAAUGGCCCCUCAAAAGCAGGGUAUGUUGACUUUGAAAAUGGCCAGUGGGCCACAGAUGACAUCCCAGAUGACUUGAAUAGUAUCCGCUCAGCACCAGGUGAGUUUCGAGCCAUCAUGGAGAUGCCCUCCUUCUACAGUCAUGGCUUGCCACGGUGUUCACCCUACAAGAAACUGACCGAGUGCCAGUUGAAGAACCCCAUCAGCGGGCUGUUAGAGUAUGCUCAGUUCGCUAGUCAGACCUGUGAGUUCAACCUGAUAGAGCAGAGUGGACCACCCCAUGAACCUCGAUUUAAAUUCCAGGUUGUCAUCAGUGGCCGAGAGUUUCCCCCAGCUGAAGCUGGAAGCAAGAAAGUGGCCAAGCAGGAUGCAGCAAUGAAGGCCAUGACAAUUCUUCUUGAGGAAGCCAAAGCUAAGGACAGUGGAAAAUCGGAAGACUCAUCCCCCUAUUCCAUGGAGGAUUCAGAGAAGACUGCAGAGUCUCAGCCCACUGCCCCUUCAGCAACAUCCUUAUUUUCUGGGAAGAGCCCCGUCACUACAUUGCUGGAGUGUAUGCACAAAUUGGGGAACUCCUGUGAAUUCCGUCUCCUAUCCAAAGAAGGCCCCGCCCACGAGCCCAAGUUCCAGUACUGCGUGGCCGUGGGUGCCCAAACUUUCCCCACUGUGAGUGCCCCCAGCAAGAAAGUGGCAAAGCAGAUGGCCGCAGAGGAAGCCAUGAAGGCCCUGCAUGCAGAGGCGACCAACUCAAUGCCUUCUGAUGACCAGCUCGGAGGUGCAAACAUGGACUCACUGGAUAACUUGGAGUCUAUGAUGCCCAACAAGGUCAGGAGGAUUGGUGAGCUCGUCAGGUACCUGAACACCAACCCUGUGGGCGGCCUGUUGGAGUACGCCCGCUCCCAUGGCUUCGCUGCCGAAUUCAAGUUGGUUGACCAGUCUGGACCUCCUCACGAGCCCAAGUUUGUUUACCAAGCAAAAGUUGGGGGUCGCUGGUUCCCCGCCGUCUGCGCACACAGCAAGAAGCAAGGCAAGCAGGAAGCAGCAGAUGCAGCUCUCCGUGUAUUGAUUGGGGAAAAUGAGAAGGCAGAACGCAUGGGUUUCACAGAGCUUCCUCUCACUGGCAGCACCUUCCACGACCAGAUAGCCAUGCUGAGCCACCGGUGCUUCAACACCCUCACCAACAGCUUCCAGCCAUCCUUGCUUGGCCGCAAGAUCCUGGCCGCCAUCGUCAUGAAGAAAGACUCCGAGGACAUGGGUGUCGUCAUCAGCUUGGGGACAGGGAAUCGCUGUGUGAAAGGAGAUUCUCUCAGCCUAAAGGGGGAAACCGUGAAUGACUGCCAUGCAGAAAUCAUCUCCCGGAGAGGUUUCAUCAGGUUUCUCUACAGCGAGUUAAUGAAAUACAACCCCCAGACUGCAAAAGACAGUAUAUUUGAGCCUGCUAAGGGAGGAGAAAAGCUCCAAAUAAAAAAGACUGUGUCGUUCCACCUCUACAUCAGCACUGCUCCAUGCGGGGAUGGUGCCCUCUUUGACAAGUCCUGCAGCGACCAUGCUAUGGAAAGCACAGAUUCCCGCCACUACCCUGUCUUUGAGAAUCCUAAACAAGGCAAGCUCCGCACCAAGGUAGAGAAUGGGGAAGGCACAAUCCCUGUGGAGUCCAGUGACAUUAUGCCUACGUGGGAUGGCAUUCGGCUCGGGGAGAGACUCCGUACCAUGUCCUGUAGUGACAAAAUCCUACGCUGGAACGUGCUGGGCCUGCAAGGCGCACUGUUGACCCACUUCCUGCAGCCCAUUUAUCUCAAGUCUGUCACACUGGGUUACCUUUUCAGCCAAGGCCACCUGACCCGUGCUAUUUGCUGUCGUGUGACAAGAGAUGGGAGUGCAUUUGAGGAUGGACUACGCCCUCCCUUUAUUGUCAACCAUCCCAAGGUUGGCCGGGUCAGUGUAUAUGAUUCCAAAAGGCAGUCCGGGAAGACUAAGGAAACGAGCGUCAACUGGUGUCUGGCUGACGGCUACGACCUGGAGAUAUUGGAUGGGACCAGAGGCACCGUGGACGGGCCACGGAAUGAACUGUCUCGGGUCUCCAAAAAGAACAUUUUUCUUCUGUUUAAGAAGCUCUGCUCCUUCCGUUACCGCAGGGAUCUACUGAGACUCUCCUAUGGUGAGGCCAAGAAGGCUGCCCGUGACUACGAGACGGCCAAGAACUACUUCAAAAAAGGCCUGAAGGAUAUGGGAUAUGGGAACUGGAUAAGCAAACCCCAAGAGGAAAAGAACUUUUAUCUCUGCCCGGUAUAGUGUGAUCCAGUGCCAGGUGGAUUGGGGUGUCUCACUGGGGUGAGAUGUAGGUUGUAGCAUUCUUCAUCACAUGGGCAAGGGAUUUUCUUCUCUUUCUUUUUCUUUUUUUUAAACCAUAACUGGUACAGAAA